AUGAUGAAUUGGACAGGCGGCCAGUUGCAGCGUCAUCACAGCCGCUCAGGCCUGUUGACCAAAGGUCAGAAGCAGAAUUUUGCCAGGGCGAGACUCCAAAAGGGCACGGCUAUCCCCCAGCCUUCACCAUUCCGAGACUUCCCUGAUAUUGCAUUCAAGGGCUCGAGCACUAGAGACAAGGAUGAGGAUGAGGCAGAGACAAAUGGAAAUCAUGCUGAUUCUAGAGUGACGGAAGAUUUGGCCUCACAUAAGACUGGUGGUCGGUCCUCUCAUAGUGAUGACUUGACCAAGGUCAAGCACCAGCUGCUGAAAGAACCUGAUUGGGCCGCUGUGUCUGCUACACGUCCACUCGAGCUUGCAUUUACAUCUGUGGAGGAAGUUGAGCGGUUUGGGAAGCGACGAAAGCUAAAUGACAAGGACAGAAAACGGAUGGUAGCGGCUAACAACAACGGGUCUACUUUUUUUGAGCGACCAAAACCCUCACGAAGAGGCAGAAAUUCAUCCUCGGUGAUCGAUGCCAUUGAAGAAGAUAUCCAGUUUGAGCUCAACGGACGACCCGUUGCGCAAUCUAACGACAGCUCCGGGAUGGCCAUGAACAGCAUGUCAUCGCAAUCGAUGCUACUUGGCCAUGAAGGAUCUCCUAUUGUGGAACAGGACCUAGGGAAAGAGAACCUGACAGCUACAUGGAUUACCAAUCUCUUUCCCCGCUCGAAAUGA